AUGGGAGGUUUCAAGGCCGCUGCCGCGCUGCUCGUCGUCGCCAUCCUCAUUGCGAGUGAGGUGGGAGUGUCAGUGGCGCUGGUAGAACCGACCAACAAAGGGACGACUGCUGGCGGCGGCGGCACCGACCCGACUGGUACUGCAGCCAUGGGAGCGAAUGCCGCUGCGCCCACCGACGUGGUGCGGCUGUAUGUGCGAAUGGACACGAUGAUGCUCCUCGGCUCGCUCGCGCAGCCGCGCAAAGUCCGAUUCGAAUUUGAGCGCUGCGUAUCCGUGGGGAAGGUGAUGCCCGAAGUCGCGUCCGCGAGCGGCGGCGGCGCGAGCGGCGGAGGAGGAGGAUGCGCGGUGGACGCGCUGCUGUUGUGGGACGUGUUUUUGGGUGACGCGCAUUUCGAGCGCACGGUGUGCAGCGCGGUGCAGCUGUUCGCGUCGCCCGACUGCUCGGGUACUGCAGCGGCGAAGUACCAAAACACAGUUUACCACACAAGGGACAUGAGUGCGUUCAAGAUGGACUGCAUCAAGACAAACGACAGCAUGGAGGUGGGGUGCCACCCUCGCUUUCACUAUGUAUUUCCCUCACGCUCUAUCUUCCUUCCCUCUCACAUCCUGUCCCGUCCUACAUACCCCUCCUCCUCUACCUGCCUCUCCGCCUCCUUUUUGCACCCUGUCCAUUGUCCCAAUCUCCCUUCUCUCAUCCUGUCCCGUCCUACAUCCCCCUCCUCCUCUAUCUGCCUCUCCGCCUCUCCCUCCCACGCUCUCCUCCCUCCCUCCCUCCCACUCUGUUCUGCUUUCUCCUUCUCUAUUCCUCCUCCUCCUCCUCCUCCUCCUCCUCCUCCUCCUCCUCCUCCUCCUCCUCCUCCUCCUCCUCCUCCUCCUCCUCCUCCUCCUCCUCCUCCUCCUCCUCCUCCUCCUCCUCUCUCAUCCUGUCCCGUCCUACAUACCCCUCCUCCUCUACCUGCCUUCUCUCUCUCUCUCUCUCUCUCUCUCUCUCUCUCUCUCUCUCUCUCUCUCUCUCUCUCUCUCUCUCUCUCUCUCUCUCUCCCUCUCCCCUCUUCCCCUCUUCCGUCUCUCCCUCUCCCUCCUCUCAAUCAUCUUCCAAGUGUGUGCUAA